GUAUGUAAGGUUGUCUGAGAAAAUGAAGUCACAAUUAGACAUGAGUUAAUGACAGGCAGGUUAAUUAAUUAAAUAACUGGAAUUUCAGUGAUGUCGAUUAAAAAUUUAAUGCUUCAUGCUUCCAGGUAGGUUAGAUUGAGUAUGUUGAGGUUAUGCUUCUAUAGAUUUGGUCAAGUCAAGUUAAACUAGGUCUAAAAUAAGUUUGGUAAGAUUAGUUAACUUUAGACCGAAAUCGAAACUUUGCUAAAGAAAAUUUUUUUAUAAACUCAAAAUCUAUUAUGGGCCUAGUUUAAUUAUAAUUAGACCCCCAAGUAUAUUAAAGAACAACCCAGGUGGGUGAGGUUGGGUUGUUAGGUAGAAAAGAAUUUAGUUAAUAUGAAAUAAUUUUGUGGGUGCUUAAGUCUAAAGGAAAGAUUUGCACAAACGCAACUUCGCACAGCAAAAGUUGAUCCGAAACCCUCUAAUAAAGCAAAAAAACAUUAGCCUGACACAUCUGCAUUAUUAUAUCAUAUAAAGGGCACCUUAUAAUUUUGCACUCGAUAAUUUUCCAAAAAUCUUUCCAUUAGAGUUAGGUUAGGUUAUGGUGGUAGUCGGCUUUUACGACCUAAUCCACUUAGACCUAACAGGUCCGUUGUGAUACACAGGAAGCUCAUUUAUUUAUCUUCAUUAAAUAAUUGUUUGGCUCUUAUGAAGCACAGUAUUGGUCCAAUCCCCACGCCGGACAGUUUCGUAAGAAAAUUAAAAAAGGAUUUACCUAGAAAAUUUGCAAGGAACUGUUCAACUGUUUCUUCAUCUUCCUCAUCUUCCUCAUCUCUACAACUUCUACAAUAUGUAAUGGAAAAAACUCCUAGUUUCAAGGAAUGAGUGCCAAAUAGCCAACGGCCGGUUAUACAAGCCACUACAUUCGAGAUAUCCUCUGUUGACAGUGUAAGCAAUUCCUUAUUCUUUUUCUUAUUUACUUGCGGCUGCAAUAGCCUAGUUCUAACGCAUUGCCUUCAUCUCUCCAUGACCUAUUGGCCUCUUGAAUAAUGUUUUUUUAUUAUUAUUAGUUUGCUCGUGACCAUAGGCAUCCCAAUGGUCCUUAUAUUACUAAGCAGUUGAAGAGUAGUACCUUUCCUGGCUAGCUUAUCGGCUUUACAAUUUCCUUCAAUGCCUUUGUGCCCCGGAACUCAAAUGAGUCUGACCUUGAAUACGACACUAAGAUCAUUUAGGCCUUCCAUGAGAGUUUCUUUGCCUAAUGGAUCGAACGAUGACUAAUAACGCUUGUGUCAACUGUCUCAUGCUACUGAUAAAACUCAUCAGAUGGCUAAUUAUGUGGUUUGGAAAUCCCAAACUUCGGUGCAGGGCCUGAUGGGAUACUAUGAAGCCCUUUUGGGGUUUACUUUUACGAAUAUGCUGAAAAAGGUGCAAAUCAGAAUAAAAAUAAAUGUAGUUAGUGCCAAGCGAAGAGUAAUGAAACUAGAUUUAACCUGUUCAGAUUACCUGAGGAAGAGGGAAUGCCCGAAUUUUGAUGGUAGUUGUUGUUCAGUAUAUCCAGUUAUCAGAGAUUUUGAUGAUAGUUGUUGUUCAGUAUAUCCAGUUAUCAGAGAUUUUGAUGGUAGUUGUUGUUCAGUAUAUCCAGUUAUCAGAGAUCAACCACAAUCAAUUGCAAAUAAGCAAUAAGAUCAAGUUGUCUUAAGAGACGCGUCUUAGGUUGAAUCUAUGUUGAUUUGGCUAUUGAAAUAAUAUGCAAAGCCGGCUUCUCCAGAAAUGACCAAUAAUGUUAUGCUUCAGGGGAUAAGGUUAAGGUAUAAUUUUAAGAAUUUUUGGCGAAACAGUUAAUGUUAGGUUAAUUAGGCAACUUCCAUAAAAUAACUCAACAUUUGGAAAAUAUUUUCAUUCCUAAUAUUUUUUUUUUUCAUUGCUAAAAUAUCGAAAAUUAUGUGGGAGUGACUGCGUAUCUCCGGAGGCACCACGGAAAAAGGGGUUUCGCGGAGUGAAUCACAGCUCGAAACAGAAUCCAUCUAAAAGGACAUGUUGCUUGAGUUAUGAAAUGGAGGAUUUGUUUUUUUUUAGUUUUUUUUUUAAUUUUUAUAGUACUGGAAGUUAAAAAAAGCCGGUUUUUGCUGUUGGGUUAUUAAAAAAAAUUGACAAAACAAAAAGACUCCCAGUCAUACUGGGUGAAUUAUAAGAAGAAAUACUACAUAUGUACAAUAAUUUCAAAACGAUUGGGACAGCAGAUUUACACUACAAACGGACUUUAAAAAUAUCAAAGUUCAGAAAACACUUCAAAGUCGAUCUGAUAUAGAAACGAGGCAUGGAGCAACGAUAUUGAGGUUUUAAGUAUUUAUUAAAAAGAAAACAAUAAAAAUACCAAAGAAAAAAGUUGAGAUAGUAAUCCUUUAAAAGAAUAAAAAUCCAAAUGCCCAAAAAAGUUAAAUACCUUACCCCCGCUUAAUGUAUCUCGGGUUGCAGUAAAGCAGCCUAGACUCUCAUUCAUCUGCUUUCCUACUAUCCGAAGUUGCUGUAAAAUCAGUCAAGAAAAGUAGUGUGACAAGGCUAACAGCACACAAGAAAACGCUACACUUGAAAUUACGGAUUAACCAGUAGACUACUUAGUUGUAAGUGAGUCGUCUCUACCUUAACUACUUAGUACUCAAAAACCUCUUUCGCUCAAUAAAAAUUCCAACUGGGCAGAAUGCUAUUUGAUUUAUUGACAUUUGAAUUUGAAAAAAGAAAACUUCAAUAGAAAACAGUUCAAGGGAGAAAGUGCAAAUAUAUUUAGAAGGUGAAUUAUUUACACUCACUCAAACAACAGUUUACGUCAAUUAGUGGCAAUUCAGUGAAGUGAUACAAGAAAGAAAAAAAGCAGUCGCUCCACAUAUCUCACGUAAUUUUGACAACGUUCUUGGUUAAAAUUACAAACUUUCAAAGGAAUAAUUAAAAGUCGCCUAAAGUAACAAAAUGCUCCACAACAUGCAACGUCGUCGCUUAGGCUCCGUUGGCGAUUCGGCACCACCAUCCGAAUCCUCCGAGGGCACAAAUUCUUCCGAGCAGAAUGAGCUGAUGAUCAAUCCCGAUUGGUCGACACACUCACACACCUCCUCGGUACACACAAAUACGCACACCACUGCGUCGACUACCAAUACAGUGAACAAUCACAAUAAUUCAUAUUUCAUUGGCUCCGAUGUGGAUGCCGACACGCUCAGCAUCGACACCACGAGCAACUCAAAUCUAUCCGAAUACGAACGCGGUCAAGUGGAGAGUUUUUUCGGUGGCUUGGGCACAGAAAUAUUCGUAUGCUCAUCGCUAGCCAACCUCUACGAAGGCACCGGCAAGGAGGGUGAUUGGCGUCUCGUCUUCACCGGCAUACCAGUCGUCUUGCACGAUCGCGGCAGUGCACGCGCACGCACCGUACCACGUGUCACACUCGUGCUAGCCGAACGCGGUUCUUCCUUUGCGCUCUGGUCGGAUCGCAUUGACAAUUUGUCAAAUUAUCGCGUCGCUGGCCCAUCCUUUCACACGAUGUGCCUCUCAACGAACCAUCAGCAGCUGAUUGGCUUCAGUUUCGAUUCAACCGACUCGGCACGUGAACUCUAUCAUCACAUUGAGAAGCUGGUGAGUGAUCCGGAGAAUAUAGCACUCUCAGUGCCGGGUAAAAAGAAGCAGAAACAGAAGCGUGUGAAGCCAGCACCGUUGCCGCCCAAAUCGCAGAUUUCACAGCCAUGUCAAUUUCAGCACGUAACGAGUGUCACGAAGGACGACACAGACCGGUACUAUAGCAUGCAGGCAUUUGCGCCGUCGGUAAAGCAUCGUUGAGGGGGCGCCAGUGCAUGGCAGUGGGAGUGAGCGAGGGAAAGGUGUAAUGCAGAAGCCAUAAAGUUACACACAUACGUGCAUGCAUGUGUAUGUAUGUAUGUAUGCACAUGUUUCGCAUGUAUUUUAAGCGAAGUGAAACGACGUCAAUUCGUCAGCUUAGUCACUAAGUAACCUUUUAACAAUCUGAAAUUUUUAUCAGUAAUAUAAUAUUUCUAUAGAAAAAAAAAACUAUAUGACAACAGCAAACAGUUAUAAAUGAUUGAGUUUAUCUGCGUAUCUGUAUAUGUAGCUUAAAACCAUAAAUCGUCGUUUGUAUAUUUCUACGCGCCUGCAAGCCAGACAAUUUUGUGUAAUAACUAAAGGGAAAAUCAAAGUAAAAAGUAAAAUUAAAAUUAAAAUAAAAAUAUUUAAUAUAUUUGUGCAUGUGUAUGUGUACAUAUGUAUGUUACACUGAAUUUGUAUGUUGCAUAUGCAUGUUUAUCUGUGAUAUAGACAAAAAUCCAUUUUAUAUAUUCGAAAUAGUUAUAUAACUGAAAUCGGUUUUGUUUUUAAGGAUUUCUUGCAAUUUUAUAUCUACAGACAGACAGACAGAUAAAUAGAUAUGUAGAUAUUAAGCGCAAACGAACGAUAGCGAAUACGAGUAAUCGGGCGAAGGCAGUUAAUUAAAGCGAAGUGAACACUUCGCAAGGAUAUCCAGGAUAUUUCAUAUUAUAUUAAAGUCCAUAAUUAUUCUUAGUCCUAAGACAUAUUUAUAUUGAGGUUAUUAAAAACUUAUCGUCGUUAUAAAUAAUUAUAAAUAUUAAAAAAUACACAGUUAAAGCAAAAUUUGUUAAAUUCAUGGGAAUGGAAAUUCCAGUUGAAUAGCAAAAUGUUAAGUGUAAGAUUUUGAGGUUGAUUAGAAUUUGGUUUUUGUUCGAAGUUUUCACAUUUUUAAACGAUUUUAUAAAGAACGAUAAUUAUUAUUUGCGAAAAAGGUGCAUAAAAUAUAUUUUAAUUUUAGUAAUUUUAUUUUUUAGAAGUUUUCUAUUUUAUUCAGUAGUAGUUAUUAGUUCUACUUUACACUUGAUUAACUAAAAUAUUUUGAUUGGCGAUAAGAUUAUUUUCGAUUUUGUUUUUGUACUAACUGCAUUUAUUUUUUAGAUACUUUGGCUCAUCAUUCUUGAAUGAUACUGAUGGCCUUAGAGAAAUAAGUGUCAGCCAAAUCAAUUUGUUUGCACUUAAAACGAAAUGGUUUAGCCAGGAGUAGCAGAUAAACAGCUGCUGUGGUACCACAAUGGAUCCGCAACGGUGUAAGUGAGUUUACUGCAUUCAAGAACAUGCGACAGUAAAAGUUAUCCAGCUAAAAUUUAUAUGCACGUGAAAUCUUAAAUUUUAUAUAUACGAUUAGAGUAAGUUUGCAUAGUCAAUUGUUCAUUAUCUCCCCAAAUAAAGUUUUCAAAGGGCCUUAAGGGGUUAUACGCAGUUAUGAAGCAAAUAAAAGACGGGUUGUCAAGGAUUUAUCCUGAAGAAACUUCAGAAUAUUUUAAUUUGAAAAUAUUUGGCGGUUAUAAAAGCAUCCUUCAAGAACGUAACAAAAUUUUUUAUUUAUGAAAAUGUUGAUUAUAGAGCGCGCUGCAGGCGAUUUCUGGAACCUCCUUUAAAAAAAGACGAUUUACGGUGUACAUCGUAACUCAGGAUUGGAUUAUCUGAAAUCAAAAAACCAAACAAAUUUUGUUAAUAUGUAUACAGUAGGUUCUGUUUUUAGGCGGUAGAUACGUUCCGCAAGAAACAGCAUAAAAAAAGCUACUAGUUCUAUAGUAAAACUAUAGAUACGUUUCAAAUGCUAAAACCGCAUAAAUCUGAAAUAAUCGCAUAAAAAAGGGCACUAAUCCCAUAUUAUUACUAUAGAUUCGUUCCAUAGACCGCAUGAAUCUGAAAUAAUUAAAUAAAAUCGCAUAAACAAAAUAUUGUAUCUUUGAAAAUUAUAUCUUUAUAUAUCUUCCAUACUUGUAGGGUUAGCAUUUCUGAUGUAAUCUGUGAUGAGUUUUUGCUUAGCUGGUUUAGAAUCUUGUUUAUAUGUACAAUUCCCGAUAGGUCGACAUGCAUUUUGUAAUUUUAAAAAAAACCGCACUAUUUCAAAACCGCAUAAAAAAAAGCCGCAUAAAAACAGAACCUACUGUAUUAGAUUAUCUAGUAAUUAAUCGUUCGGCUAAUCAAAAUAGUGAAUUUUCACAAAAUGGCAGCUUUUAAAAGAAAUGAUUUCGAUUUUUACGUUAAAAUUUGGCCGUAAAUUGAUUAUAAAAUGGAAAAUAAGUAUCAGAUUUACAAAAGGAACGAUUAAUUACUAGAAAAUGUAUCUUUAAAGAUUGAGUUAAAACGGUUGACCGAUCAAACAAGCCGUUUUCGAGAUAUCGUGUACACCGACUUGAAAAAUGCCGUUUUGAAAAAAACACGUUUAAAGUUUCAAUACCUACCUUAAAACGUGCCGAGGCAUCUCUACAUAUUUAGGUAUAACUCCGAAAGUAUUGCUUAGAUCUACUUCAAAUUUCGUGCGUAUACUUUUGAAUAUAUGUACAUUACAAAAAUGCAAUAAAAAAAAAUCGAUUUUUUUGAAAGUCAUAACUGCGUAUAACCCCUUAAAGUUUCAAAGGACUAAAUUUUCAAAAACUUGUUUUGAAUAAUUAUACUCAAACUAUGAUACUAAUAUGGACAUUAAAAAAAGAGGAUAUAUCCAACUAUUAAACAACAUUUUUUGUUUUAUAAACAAUUUUUAAUAUGAAAAUGUUUAAUAUUUUUUUUUUGCAAUUUUCGGCAAGAUAAAUAUAGUACAAUGAAGUCUUCUGAGAAAUGCAUCCUGAAAUAUACAUGAAAUUUCCUAAUGAAUUAAUUUGAAAUAUAUAUAUAUAUAUAUAUAUAGAUGCUGAAGGUAUAUAAAAGGUCUUUUAAAAUACGCGCCUAGAGGUAAUUUUAAUAUAAAACACGCCAAAUUUUUGACUCUUUCAGGUUUCAACUUUCUUUGUUCAAACAACAGUUCUUAAAAAUUAUAUGUGAAUCGAUUCACGAAUGCCUUAUUGUUGAGAGCGUCGAGAUAUCGAUAUUUAAUGUUGUAUUUUUCUACCCUCGACAGAAACAGCUUAUUAAAAUUUGUUCACCAACCUUUGAAUUUCCGACUCAUUCGGACGAAUAUUUGCACCAAAAAAAUCCGUAAUUCUGCGAUAUUUUGUUCUGAAAGAUCGACCAUGUCCAUGAUAGCAUAGAAAAAAGAUACCGUCUAGGAAUUUUUCACUAGUGACAUCUAGGCGGCACUUUUAAAACACCCCAGCUGCGUUCUUUUUGCUGUUUUAUAAAACGAAAAAAAAGUUGAAAUUUCUUUCUAUGAAAUAAGGCAUACGUCAUUGAUGCUAUAUACGAUUUAUAUAUAGUAGUAUUAGCAAAACGUAGUAAAACAAUGUUGUGUGUAAAAUGUCACUUUGACAACGAUAUCGAUCACUGCAGCCAUCGACCGAGAAAAUAAUGGGUUUCUUUUCUCUAAACUAGUACUAUAAAACGUAUAGUCUCACGUGCAUAUCAAAUUUUUGCCGGAUAAUGAAAAAAGUUGAUUCUUGUCGCACAGUGUAAUGCAUGCAUGUUAUGGUAUUGAUCUUUUUUAUUUGUUCUUUCAACUAUUUUUUGCUGUUUUUGUAUAAAAUCAAAGGUUUAUUUAGGGCCUUUGAGUGACAAAGUUUGGUUUUGAUUCACCCUACAAAAAAUCCAGUACCAACUAAGUGGAUUUUCAAUAGGCAUACAACUCUUUUUUGGUUCCAAUACUAAGCUUUUAUGACCGAUAUAUUUAAUCUUAAUUGGUGUGGUAUUUAAAACCUAUGGUGCGGUAAAAAAUUAAUUUAAAUUAAAUAAUCCGAUGUAAAUAAAGAACAGGUUUCUGCUCACCGGCAUUACCAGCCUUGAAAAUAGUUGAACAAAGUAGCUGGCUUCUACUAUAUUUGUGUAGUAUUUUCGGAACUAGAAAACGAAUUUUUACAAGACAGUUGAGCAUUUGAAAAAGUCUAAAGUGUGGUUUAGAAAGAGUUAAGGUGCGCUUUAGGAUGGAAAAUCAUACUUUAAAUAUAGGGCCCGCCAUCUCUCGUUACGGAUUUGAACUAGGUAUUAUUUGAAGAAUGGUAACACUUAGCUGUCAUCUGAUUUGACAGAAAAUUAGUUUUAUUCUUCCGCUGAACGAAAAUGGUUGUGGAUACGCUCAAAGAACGCUGGGAAAUAUUGCGACAUUACUUUGAAGAUCAUGGUAAUGUUGCAGAAUGUGUACGAAAAUUACGUAUGGCAAUGGGAAGAAGAAAAUCACCGAAUGAAGCGUAUGUGCGUUACUUUGCGAAAAAAGUAAGAGAAACUGGGUUGUUUAUUGACAAACCAACACGUGACCGACCAAAAACCGUGCGGUGCCGUCAAAGACCAGUGUUAUGCCAACAAACCAGCAACAAUUGAUGCACUGAAGACCAACAUACGCGAUGUCAUAGCUGAAAUACAGGCGCAUACAAUCGAAAAUGUGUUGAAAAAUUGGACCGAUCGUAUAGGAUAGUGCAUGGCUGGUCGAGGUAGCCAUAUGAAUGAAGUUGUAUUCCAUCAUUAACCGGAAGGAUUGUACUUCAAAAUAAAAAAAACAGUUUGGAAAAAUAUUGAGUAGUUUCUUUUUUAUAGCAUUUUUAAUUCCGUAAAGUUGUAUGGCGGACCCUUUAUAUUUAAAGUGAGCUUUUCACUGAUUGCCUUUGAGUGAAGUAAAGUACACAUUAAGGGGAUUUAAAAGAUGGUUAAAGUUCACUUUAAAAAAGUUAAAACAUAGUUUAAAAGGAGUUGAAGUAUGAAAGUAUAAAAGUGAAUUUAAGUUUACUAUACUUUAAAGAGUGUUAAAAGAGAGUUUAAAACGUUAGAGUUCACUUUAAAAAUAGUUCAAUUAUAUUUUGAGAUCACUAAAUUGCCCUUUAGAGACAUUCACUUUUAUCAGACAGUUCAAAAGGCGAAAAGUGGUUGAGUCCGUUUCAAAAAGUGACUUUAAGUGACUUAAAGUAUACUUUAAAGAACAUUACGAGAUAGUUAAAAGGGUUAAAGCAUACUUGGAAAAGAAUUAAAGUGCCCUUUAGAAAUUGUCAAAGUGCACUUUAUGGUCAAUAAUUUAUAUCAGACAGUUGGAAAAGUUGGGUUUCAAAGAGAGUUAAAGUGCACUUUUAAGUGAAUUAAAGUAUGCUUUAAAAAUCGUUCAAAGAGAGUUAAAAUGCUUAAAACAUACAUACGUUAAAAAGCGUUAAAGCACACUUUAGAGAUACUAAAGUGCAUUUUAGAGACAUUUACUUCCAUCAGAUAGUUGAAAAAGCGGGAAUUAUGAGUUAUAUUUCUCUUUUGAUUGAAUUAAAGUAUGCUUUAAGGAGGGUUCAAAAUAUUUAAGUAUACUGUAAAUAGGUUAAAGUAUGAUUUAUACAAGUUAAAGUGUACUGUUAACGGAGUUAAAUAUACUUUAAAGCCAUCAAAAAAGUUCACUUUAGAGCCAUGACUUUUUAACAGAUAGCUGAGAAAAUAAAAAGAGGUAAUGAAUGAGGCCAAACUAGCUUUACUAGCUAUCUUUAAAGUGCACUCUUAAACUAUUAAAAACUAAAAUGCAGCCGUUGUCAGCUCAUCCACGACAAGUGAAAACCACUAAUAGUUUAGACACACGGCGGCAUUAAUUGGGAUUACCGGCGCAGUUUAUCUGAUUAAAAUUGUACGAGUAGUAUGACAGGCUCUUGUUACGCGGAUUAGUGAACAGCUGAUUUGCUAUUGGAAAGUUUUUCUUUAAAAAUGGACAGUAGGUCACAAAUAUGGAUAUUAGCUGCCCUGAUACAAAGAAAUAAUUAAAUAAAAAGUAAAAAAAAAAAAAAAUAUUUGAAUUAAUAAAAAAAACCUUAAACUGCAAUUUCUCACUUUCCUGCGAACUAUCAAAGCAAUAAAUGUAAUUCGGCAUAUGUUAGUGCAAACUAGCAUUGAAUCCAGUCUUUUUUGUUUCUUUCUUUAAAAGUUUCAAUCACAAUAAAUAUUAACUGUUAUUUUUCGGCAAUUUCGAAAAUUCCACUAAUCCGCUUAAAUUAUGAGAAUUAAGUCUAGUUGUCAGCUCGGAUUAGCUGCACUUAAUUCCUGACAUGCACGAUACCAGCUGGUGGUAGCAGAGGAAGAGGAAGGCCUCCUUUGCGUUGGAAAGAUCAGGUGGAGAAGGACUUGACUUCACUUCGUGUGUCCAACUGGCGCCGGUUAGCCCGAGAAAGAAACGGUUGGCGCGCUUUGUUAAACUCAGCCAAAAUCGCGUGAGCGGUUAACGCGCCAAUUAAGAAGAAGAACAAGAAUUCCUGACAUGAUUCCGAAUUAAGUCGUUUAAUUCCAUUAAUGCAACCGUCUGUCUAGGCUACAAGACAUUUCAAGUCGUUUUUCAAAAGUGCACACAAUUUUUAAUUUUAUAUUUUUACAUGGAUUUAUUUUAUUAUUUUCUUUAUUUAACUUAUCUAACUGGUGUUACACGUACACACACACAUACGUUAAUGCUUAUUAUUCCAAUUUAUUAUUAUACACCUAUACAUAUAUUAUAUUUUUUCUUCCAUUAAAGUAUAUUGAAACAACUUAUUUAAGUCAGUUAACCUUAAAAACUUAAAAAACAAAACAAAAAAAAAAAUAUAAAAAAAUCACCAACUAUUUAGUACACGAAUAAAAUCUCAAGCGAUUUUAUUAUUCCACGUGCAAAUAAUACAAAUUAAAAGAUAACAAAAACUCGAUAAAAAUAAGUAAAUGGCAAAGCGCAUACGAACUUGUACUAUAAACCACACACACACAUACAUAUACACAGCAUAUAGAAAAUGAUGACAGAAGCCCAAUUGACAUUGUUAGUGAAUUGUCGUAAUUGUUAAAUUGAAAUUUCAAUUGCAUUACAUUUAUCUAGAAAAUCAAUCGGUCACUGAGGUCAUCCGGCGUCUAGUUGAACUUGCAAUACAAUACAAAAAAAAAAUAAAAAAUAAAAUAAAAUAAAUAAAAAUUAAAGCAAAAUAAAUUAGUUAUAUUUGUUAGUCUGUACGAGUAUGCAUAAGUGUAUGUAAUUUUUAUUAAACUUUCGCAAAGCUUAUUCAAUGUCAAAGUAGUUACAUAAGUGAAUCAGAAACAGAAAAAGGAAAA